CUCAGUUACCCUGCCGCUCCGCGUUGAUCCAAACUCGCAGCAGGUGCACUACGCAGGUCCGUGUACAAGAGGCCGAGAUAGAGCCAACAGCAGUGCCGCACAUCUGACAUGAUCCUUGGACUUUCAUAAACUUCCGAAUAACUUUGGAACUUUUUAGGAAUUAGCUAAGGAUAUAAUGCUUCAGGAACAUUAAGGGCGUCAGGAACAUUAAUACUUUGACCGCCUGGACAGGUCAUCGUGGAGGUAAAAACAGUGAUAUUUAACGUUGAAAGUGUUGCACCUCUUCGCUCUAACUUCAGCUUUAGCUCUCGAUCAACUGGCAUUGUACGGAUGCUGUGCUACGAGUAAGCCGGAACUAGGCGGGCAAGAGAAAGCGUUGUGACGGGACACUCUAGGAGAUCCAGCCAGGAACCCUAACUUAUUUCGAGUUGUUCCGUGCCAAAGGAAAUAUAAAGUUGCUGGAUUGACACGUUCAUGCCGGAACAACAAGGAGAGAACUAAUCCUACAGAAUGAAGACGACAGUAUUCUUAGCGGUGAUGGUGGCUGGAAUCGCCUACGCGGUGGGCGUCACCAUCUUCUACGAGACAUGCAACGAGAAUAAAUGCGUCUCGCGGGUUAGCAAAUGUCAGCUGACUGGUGCUUGUGGUUGUACGCUAGAGAACUGUACAUGCUGUCUCAACUGCACACUCUGUCUCGCUGAGCUGUGGGACGACUGUUGCGCUUGCGUCAACAUGUGCAAACCUCGCAACCUCUCGUCAACGGACAUCGCUAGCUACAGUACCAUUAACGACCUUCGGAUGGAAUCUGAUUGGACAGACACCCUCUUCAACGCCCUGACCCAGGUCGACAAGCCACACCCUGAUUCUCAUUGGACGGUAGAGAGGGUCACACCCCAAGAGGAGGGGGUCAAUCUACCGGGCCUUGUGCCGGCCACGCCUUCUGAAGGAAGCACUAGUGACGUAUCUCCAAGCUCCAAGACGGCAACAACGGCGAUCUCUGUCAACCAAACCAUCGUACCUAUUGACAUCUGUACUGUGGCUUAUAUCAAGAUAUGCCUAGGUCUUGAGAAAUGCGUCGAUGCCUGCCACCACAUGGGGGCGGCAAAAUAUAGAUGGUUCCAUACAGGGUGCUGCGAGUGUAUCGGAAGCUCGUGCCUGAGCUACGGAAAGAAAAAAGCUCUGUGUAGCGAAUGCCCCAACGAUUAAAACUAUCAUCGAUCUGCUGGGAUGUGAGGAAUGUUUUAUGAGAAGGAGGAGGGCAGUGAUUCUGUGCUGGAGUUGGGGUGUCCUUCUCUUGCUACUUAUGAUGAACAUUGAACAAUAAGAGGAUUCUUUUGUGCUAUUGUAAUAAGCUUUGUGUAUUCAUAUAAUAUGAGUAUGCAGUGAUCUAGUGUGGAAAUCAGCAAGUGUUCUUAUGCAGUUUUGAUUAAACAAAUACACUUAAUAAUAAUAUCUAGCUAGUCAGGAAGUAAAAUCGCAAAAAAGUUUUCCAGUUUAAAUUAAACAAAUAGCAAUUAGAUUUUCAGUUUCAAGUAUAACUAAAGUAUUUGCUCCCCCCAAAACAAUAACAUUUACCACAGAAAUACAUAUUUAUUGAGUGAAGUAGGCAUUUAUAAAUACCAGUGUUUUUCCAAGUAAUCAUACAAUUUGAAAGGAAUUUUCAAUCUGUAAAGAAUUUGUUUUAAGAAAGAAAAGAAAGAAGCAUAAAUGUAAAAAGCUUCUUUUUUUAGUUGUUACAAAGUAUGUUGAAAUGGCUCUUUUUCUUGUUGACAUGCUUGUGUCAUUACAGCUUGGACAAAUAUUCAAGGAUACCUUUUUUCUUACGUCUUUGAUAUUUCUUUUUUUUCAUUUUGAAAUGAUUCCUUCUGCUCAAUGCAAGAUGUAUUUCAUUAUGACGGAUAUUCAUUUUCUCCCUAACAUUGUGUUUAUAACUCUAUUUAAGAUAAUGUAACUCCUAUCUUGUAAAUAUGUGAUAUAUUUAUUAGAAAUUUUCUAGAAUGUACAGUUUGAUAAUUAACAAUGUGGAAAAUGAGGAAAGUUUGGGAAAAUUAAUUGUGAUAUUAUUGCGUUGACAACCCUUAUGGUGCUUUUUACCCUUGAACAGUAUUUUUAUGUUGAUAAUAAUUUAGCAAGCUGAGGCAGAAACAUGAAGGUUUCCGACAAGUGCUUUUUUAAAGGAGAAGUCCACCUUGAUGUUUAUUUUAUUUUGAUAAAAGUUUUAAAAAAUAGAGAAUACUCUAUAAAAGUUUGAGCAAAAUCUGAUUAGAAGUUUUGAAUUUUUUAAGUUGCAAUCAAUCCCACACAUAUUACCAACUCGUUGGUGGUUCUUGUGAGGUUAUCUCCUAUUUGUUCUGUUCUAAAAAUGUCAUAAAUACUAGAAGAUUUCAUGAAUUUUUAGUUCCUCUUAAGAACUUUUUCAAUCAUUCAGUCAUAGGGGCCUAACUGCCCCACAUAAUGCUUAAGAUAACACUUUGAGCAGGAAUGAUGUCUUGCAAUGUGACAAUACAAGGAAAACACUGCUUAUUGUCCAGUGUCGAUAUUAAGAAAAUAUAAAUUGUUAUGUUGAAUACCUUGCACCUUUCCCACGAAAGCAUUGAAAUAAUUUCCCCAACAUUUCUUAGAGAGCAUUGUCUUACUCAUCAACAGGUGUGUGAUCACUAGGUGUUUAGUUCAAGCUCAUCUAAUUGGACAAUUUAUGAAGGAAGCGCCUGCUCAAUAUGGCUAGUCAGUUGUCGCUCAAAUUCAGCAAAUGACCGCAUUUUGGGCUGGUUAUUGUCUUUACUCGUGACAAGUCUAGGUCUGAUAAAAUGAACGGCAUGCUAUGGCAUGUUAACGGUUGAUGUGGAGAUAUAGCCAGACCAUGGAUGAUAAAGGUUUUCUAUAUUUCUUAUCAUUUUAUAGUCAAGUAAAUUACGAAUACACAGCACUUGUUCCUGAUGGUUGAAAAUAUAGCACAUGUGAAAAGUCUGAAAAUCAUUGAUCACAUCGAAAUUGCUAAAUAUUUCCUUUCAAAUCUCAAUCAUAUUAUAUUGAUGGUUCAAAAUAUCCUGCCUGUAAACAGAGAUACAUAUGUUUACAUUUUAAAGAUGAUGUUAGACUCUCAGUCAUAGUCAUAGCUUAGAUGCUGAUGAACAGGACCUUUCAUGAUAAUUACUGACCCCUGGACCAUUGGAAAUAGCAUCAACCAAAAAGAAAAAUAACUUUAUGACUGUGCACCUGUGUCCUGUAUUGUAAGGUUCUCACUUUGGGCGUUGCCUUUGUUCAAAAUAUCCAAUCAGUUUAAAAGUGCUUUUGUUGUUACCACUGGAUCGUUUCCACACCUCAUUGCAUUUAUUCAGACCCCACCCUCGUUUCCAAUCGCGUCUGGUAGAUCAGCCUUUCAGAGCGGAUAUACCAUGGGCCCUACCGUGGGUACACUGUAGCCCCUGUCCGGAGCAUAACAAAACCAAUAGGGGUAUGGUAAUGACAAUGGCAGAUGCUGGCUGUAUUUCAACCAAUUUAGGAGGCUUAUUGGCAUGCCAGCGUGCAACACUCGCUUCCCUUUCAACAACUGGUCCUGUGUUACUAAACCAAGUGAAUGAAAUUGGAUGACAAUCAAGUUAAAGUUGGCAGACUCUUCCUUGCCAAACUUUGAUAUAAAUAUUACCCCCCCCCCUUCCUGUAGAAUAGAGUGAUGUAAUUUAUAUAUUUUUAAUUUGUUUAUAAAUGUUGAUAAUUCUGGGAUUUGAUCUCGAGCAUACUGUCACUGAAGCUAACUUGACCAACACUAGCUGUAACUUGCAAAUAAGCUUUUGAAAUAGCUUGUGCUUCUACAAAUCUUUGUAUUCAUUUUUUUUCAUUUUGAUGAUUCAUAUUUUUCUGCUUUAAUCGAGGGUUCAUGUUUCUUCAACUCAAAGUCAUAGCACUGUGUGUGGCUUGUCUUAUGAGUAACAGAGUUCUUUUUUUGUUGGAAAAUGUUUGAUAGUGAUAACGCUCUAGAUGAGUAACAGAUUGAUUUGUCAUACAGCCAAGCAAUAAAUGAUAUACAUCAGUGAUUGUGACAUUUUGCAAAUUGUUCUUCCCGAGUAUGACUCCCCUGAUGAACAACAUACCCUUCUCAUUAGUAGAAUCUUUGCAAAUAAUGUUAUCUUUAAACAUAAUGUGCUCAUAUUGGAAACAUUGAGGGUCGAGAUGUGGGAGUCAGUUGAAAAAAAUUAUUCACAUUUCAGACCUCGGGCGGAAUAUGACACAUUUUUGCUUCAUAAUAUUUAUAAAAAAACAAUAAUUUUGGAAAGGAUGAGGCCUUACCCUUUUUACUCAUCUGGUAUCCAUGCAUGUCUUAUUUUAUUGAUGCUAGAAAUGAAGAUGGGCUCGGUUUAAUUUAUCACCCCUUCUCCGCUUUGGUGACAUUUGUAGCCUCUGAACUUCCUCCUUGUGGAUAAUUAUUUUCUUUACAUUUGAAUAGAGCCCAUGAAAACAAAAUUUGAGGGAUAUGAAGUUUAAUAAUUAAAGGGAAUAAAAGAGAGAGAGAGUAAGGGGUACUGGAGUUACCCCCAUUCCAAAAGUAUGGUCUCAUUUAUGUUUCUGGUACAUUAUAUACCUCGGUGACCAUGAGCCGUAUAGAUCACAUUGUUUGCCUGAUCUCAAACCAGUCCCAUAUGUAGAGGAUAUUAGCAGAGGACAGGAGGAAGAGAUCUGUAAUUGAUGUUAAGGAAACCAUCGACUCUCAUGUUGAACAGUAAAAACAUUUUUACUAGCUGUCAUUGGAAAUUCAACAUCCUACGACUAUCAUGAUGAAAUUUGAUUCAUUUGAUCAAUUCUGUCAGUUGUGAUUGAACUGAGAUUUCAUGUUGGUAGGGUAUUGUUCCAAUAUUCUACAUUCAAUUUUCUGCCUCAUUGAAAAUGAGCAAUCCCUUUCCUAAUCACAUUUGCUGAAGUGACACAAUGGUGCUGAUUUGGAGAGGGAGGAGUCAUGGAACCCCCCCCCCCCCCCCAUCUAUAUAUCUACAAAUUAUUGACAUAUUUCUGAAUCUUCUUUUAUUAGUUUUACUUGCCUGGGAAGGUAGCCAAAGUAUAAUGAUUUGAUACCGGUUUGAGCUGCAAGCAAAACAGUGUGUAUAUGCCCUUACUGUAGGAUAACAACCAAGGCUAUGACAGCAGCCCAGGUAGGGGUGGGGCAACCCCUCCCCCCCCCCCCCAUUGGUGUAGCCCCAUCAUAGUUUGUACCACAACACACCAAGUUUUGGUAUGUCUGAGCUAAAUAGAGAAUGGGUUUGUCUGCUGGUCUCAAUAAGGCCACCCUGUUCUAAAAAUAUCAGGAUAGAAAAACUAGAGGCACGUAGGAAGAGAUAUGCAUUCUGCGAUGUCUGAAAACUGAUCAUCUCUUGUACCCCUUAUACUGGCAAACAGCAUGGAUGCCAUGAGGAUGAUCAAGGCUUCCUUCCAUCAGAGAGUUAGAGUUGACAGCUCUUAUUAAGAGCAUAUGGCUGGGCUAACCAUUAAGAGAUCUCUACUCAAAGAACUCUUUGAUUCGAUAGGGAAGGGGUGUGAGUGGGGCUUGUUUAGGGGGAGGGGGUGGGCAAGGCUUGUGUCGAGGAGGGGGCAGACAAGUACAGAAUGGAAUGCCAUAGGUCUGACUGAAGAUCAGGGACCAAUGCACAGGAAAUAAGUAUUCAUAAUGGACAAAAAGGACCUCUCUGAUUCGAUAGGGAAGGGGUGGGACCAGGGCUUGUUUGGGGAAGGAGCGGGCAAGGCUUGUUUUGGGGGAGGGGUGAUCAAGCCUUGUGUGGGGGAGGGGGCAGAUCAGUACGGGAUGGAAUGCCAUAGGUCUGACUGAAUAGGAUAAAAGCAGACAAAUAUGUCACUGUCAGUACAUCAUCUUACGGUUACAAUACUUAAUAGAGACAGAAUGAUUAUAUGUGUGGAGAAUUUUAGUGGCCACCUCUCCAGAAAGGCCACCUGUCUACAAUGGCCACAUUUUCUGUUUCAGGUUUGACUGUAAUUAUGUUGUCUAUAUGGAUUGUUGGGUAAAGACAAUGCAUUUUUAUGUAAGUGCAGAAUGAAGGCGGUUCUCAAUAUUGUACAUUGAUUCUUUUCUUUCUCCUUCACGGCUCAGCACACUUCUUGAGCUCAAUUGCUGUGUAUAGGGCAAAAUAAUGCUUUUAUUUGUUAUUUACUACAAUUCAUUACGAUUGGUAUCAUCACAAAUUCUGUUAAUUUUUUUCAUUGAGAAUAAGCACUGAGUUAUAUGUCUCAUGGUCUGGAACUUUAAGCAAGCAAAUAUUUCAUUUUAAUUCCUAUUCUACUUUUGUAAUAUUUUUUCUAAAAUGUCACUUGUGCCUUUCUUUUUAAGUAAACAAUCAUUUUAUCCCUUAACGAAUGUUUGUAUAUGCAGUAUUUUUGUACAAAACAGUACCAUGCUAACUUAAAAGGUGAAAUAAAGCAUUAUUGAAUGUUUGAUAAAACA